AUGCUGACCUUCAAGACCGUGUUCUCGGCUGUCUUCCUGGCUGUAGGAGGUUUCCUCUUCGGCUAUGACAGCGGUAUUAUCACCUCUACCAUCUCUUUACCCACCUUCAUCGACUACUUCAGCGACCCAAGCAGCACUGUUACCGGCGGGAUUGUCUCGUCUUUCCAAGGUGGCGCCAUCCUCGGCACCAUAGUGAACAUGGCGGGCGCCGACUGGGCCGGCCGGAAGAUGACGAUCCUCGCCGGAGCUGUGGUCUCCAUCCUUGGUUGUGCCAUCCAGGCGGGUGCCGUGAACAUGACGAUGCUGAUCAUCGGACGCUUCAUUGCUGGUGUCGCGGUUGGAAUGCUCACGGCCACCAUCCCAAUGUAUGCAGCUGAGCUGUCGGAGCCCAAGUGGCGAGCUUCACUUUCCGGUUUGCUGCAGUGGAUGCUGAGUUGGGGUUUCUUGGUGGCUCAGUGGCUGGGCUAUGGCUGCUCCUUCUCCACCAACGAGUUUUCGUGGCGAUUCCCGCUCGCAUUUCAGAACGUGCCAGGUCUUAUCCUUGUGGCCGGGAUCUGGUUCUUGGACGAGUCCCCUCGAUGGUUGAUGGAGAAGGACAGGCACGAGGAAGCAAAGGCCGUCCUCACCCGCCUCCGAAAGGGCGCCUCGCCAGACACCGUCGAGCUCGAAUUCCGCGAAAUUCGCGAUGUCAUUGAAGCUGACCGCGCGGUUGGGAACACCUCGUGGAAGACCAUCCUAACCAAGCCAUCCUGGCGGCGUCGACUCAUUCUCGGCUGCGGUGUCCAGGCAUUUGGUCCCCUCUCCGGUAUCAAUGUCAUCAACUACUACGGGCCCCGUAUCUACGCCAUCCUCGGCAUCGACAACCAGACCUCCCUCAUGAUCAUCGGCAUCAGCGGUGCCCUCUCCAUCGUCUACUGCAGCAUCGGCCUAUACCUCGUCGACAAAGUCGGCCGAAUCAAGCCGCUCUACAUCUCUGCCCUGUUCCUUGGCGCGGCACUGCUCGUCAACGCCGUGCAAGCGCAAUACAUGAACCAGGACAACGCGAACCAGCUCCGAUCUAUGGUCGCGAUGAACUUUGUCUUCAGUCUGUUCUAUACCCCUGUGGGUAUCAUUUCCUGGGUGUACCCCGCCGAAAUCUUCCCCGUCGAAGUCCGCGCGCUCGGAAACGCCCUGACAACCUUCACGAACUGGACGGUGAACCUCGUCUUCGCGCAAUUCACACCCGACGCUCUGGACACCGUGGGCUUCAAGUACUUCUACCUCUUCUUCGCGCUGAACUUGAUUGCGGCGGUGUGCUACUUCUUUUUCUUCCCUGAGACCAAGGGCCGCACCCUCGAGCAGAUCGAUGAGCUCUUCGGCGACCAGCUUGUCCCCCAUGCGCUCGAGGACCCGGAUGCGGCCCAUGCGGCUAUGGAGAAGGAGCGCGCGACGCAUGUGGAGGAGCAUGCAAGGGUCUAG